AUGUUAGUCAGGUGCAGUUCCACAAUACUUCUAUUUCUGACCGUGAAGAGUCGUGCCUAUUCGAAGCCAUUGUAUAGUCCUCCUGAACGAACUGUAGUCUUGCUGUAUCACAAACCAAUCAAUGUGGUAACAACACAUGCGGCGAACGAUGUGAAGGGACGCAUGAAUGUGUACGACGAUGUUUUAUCCAUGAAGGGAUUUUCUGGUUGGAAUCAUGUCGGUAAAAGUGCUGACCGGGAGCGCACUCCCGCAUCGUUCGCCGAAGCAACCCAGAUCCGUUCCAAACUGCACGCCAUUGGCAGGUUAGAUGCCGAAACAACAGGUCUACUUCUCCUCACGAACGAUGGUGGUCUCGUCCAUCAUGUAACCAACAAAGAUUCAGUAUCGCAUCAGCAUCAUGGAAACCCCGUGUUCAAAACGUACGAAGCUCUCGUGAUGGGUUUUUACGACAACCAUUCACCGUUGUUGGAAAAAAUGCGUACGCAGGGUGUAAACAUUGGUGAUAAGUAUGGAGGAACAACCCGUCCCGUAGAUGAGCUGAUAGUAAAGACGAAUCCGACGUUGAAAUCGACUCUUGUUUCGUUGACCAUUUGUGAAGGGAAGAAUCGUCAAAUUCGACGAAUGUUCCAUGCCCUUGGCUCCGGAGUGAUACGACUGUGCCGAACACAGAUUGGGCGAAGCUUGACACUGUCGAGUGUUCCAAUGGCAGGGCAAUGGCGAAUCCUGACCGAAAAGGAGGUUGAGACUGCUUUGGAUUGGAGGCCACGGUACAUUGGAGAGGUUUCUGCUCUCAGUCGAGCAGGAAAAACAACGAAGGCUGUCACUGGGACUUCCCGUAGACGGAAAAGAAGCAAUUUUUGACCCCAUGUAUACCAGAUACGGUGCCCUAAUUUAUUUACGGCUGACGUUUAAAGACUUGCACUUACUCAAGUCGAAGCACAAUCAUCUCCAAAUUGGGUCCCACCCUCAGGAAUUUAUGUUUUUUUGUAGUCGCAGAAUAAAUUUAAGUAGGGCACGUGGUGGAAGCGC